UGGCCACUGUUUGUGACCACUUUUGUUUGUUGGCGCGGUUGUUGAAAACCCGGGAUUUGAACGAAGGGUGUUUCAAAACUUCAUCUCUGGCACUCUAGGAGCAUGGAAAAUAGAAGGGACUCAUUUCCCUUUCCCUAUAAGCCUUACGACAUCCAGGAGCAGUUCAUGAAAGCGCUCUACAGCACCCUGGACCAAGGCAAAGUGGGCAUCUUUGAGAGUCCAACUGGAACAGGCAAGUCUUUAAGUCUCAUAUGUGGAGCCCUAAGCUGGUUGGUGGACUAUGAGGAGAAGAAGAGACAGGAGGCUGCUGCUCUGCUGCAGGAAGGAGAAGCGUCUCUCUCCGUCUCUGCUGCUCCGUCAUCCAGCAGCAGCUCUGCGUCAGCAGAGCCCGACUGGAUCACCGACUUUGUCCAGAAGAAGGCUGAACGUGACCUGGUGUCAAAGUUAAAGGAAGAGGAGCAGAAGAGGAAGAAGAGAGAAGAGCGAAUGGAGAUGAUCAGAAAUAAUAUUCAUCUAAAGUAUGCAAGUAAAAGAAAGAGCUGCGAAGAGGAUGAGGCAUUCGCGCUGCUUCAGCUCAGUAAGGAGGAGCAAACUGCGAUGCCAGUAGAUCAGGAGGACGAGGAGCUUAUCGUUGCAGAGUAUGAGAGUGAUGAUGAAUCCAAGAGUAAGAGCAGAUUCUUUGGAGGUGAGGAUGAGGACGAUGAGGAGUUGGUUGAAGAGCAUGUAACUAAGAUUUACUACUGCAGUCGCACUCACUCCCAGCUGGCCCAGUUUGUCCAUGAAGUUCAGAAAAGCCCCUUCAGUACGAACAUCAGUCUGGUCACACUGGGUUCUCGGCAGAAUUUGUGUGUUAAUGAGGAGGUCCGGCGGCUGGGCAGCAUCCAGCACAUAAAUGACCGCUGCAUGGAGAUGCAGAAAAACAAACACGGUGAGAGCCAUUUAGCCACAACAUUACUCAACUUUCAAAGUAAGGUGAUUUUCUGUUGGCUUAUUUUUUUCCCCUCAUUUUUUUAUUUGUUUGCAGAGAAGCAGCACCACGAAGACGGUGCAAAACGUAAGAGAGGUCCGCCGAAGAGUGUGUGUCCUUACAACAAAGCUCUGGCUCUGCAGCAGAUGAGGGAUGAAGUUCUGGGGACGGUGCAGGACAUAGAGCAGCUGCUGAAGCUGGGCAAGGAAACAAAAGCAUGUCCCUAUUAUUCCACACGUCUUGCUGUCCCACCUGCACAGCUGGUCGUUUUGCCCUAUCAGAUGGUUCUUCAUGAGGCUACAAGAAGGGCAGCAGGUGUCCAGCUAAAGGGACAAGUGGUGAUCAUAGAUGAAGCACACAACCUUAGUGACACCCUCUCCUGUAUACACAGCACAGAGCUCAGCGGAGCGCAGCUUUGCCGCACCCAGUCCCAGCUCACCCAGUACGCCGACCGCUACAAGAACAGACUAAAGGCAAAGAACUUGAUGUACAUCAAACAGAUACUGUUUGUGAUAGAGGGACUCAUUCGUGUGCUGGGAGGUAAAGUUGGACAGAAUCCACAGAGUCAGACUACACAAGCAGGGACUGAAAUGUAUACUAUUAACAAUUUCCUCUUCAAAGCUCAGAUUGACAACAUCAAUUUGUUUAAGUUACAAAGGUACUUUGAAAAGAGCAUGAUCAGCAGGAAGCUGGGUGGAUUUGUGGAGAAGUACGCUGGCUCUGGUGUAACGCUCCACACCCACAGCAGCUCCAACAAGGAGAACCGUCGCACAGAAGGCCUAAAUCGGUACCUUCAGGCCUUAAACAGCAACCCCAGCUCCGCACCAGUUCCUUCAGCAGACCAGCAGGGGGCUUCUGAAGCAGACAAAGUGCUGUCCGCAUCUCCUAUGAUGCAGGUGGAGGGUUUCUUCCUGGCUCUCACCAACAGUAACACUGAUGGUAGAGUGGUGUUACAGAAACAAGGCACAUUGUCCGAGAGCAGCGUCAAGUUCCUUCUUUUGAAUCCAGCAGUCCAUUUCGCCCAGGUGUUGAAGGAGUGCAGAGCAGUCAUCAUUGCUGGGGGAACAAUGCAGCCUGUUUCAGACUUCAAACAGGAGCUACUGUUCUCUGCCGGAGUGAAGGAGGAGCGUAUCACAGAGUUUUCUUGUGGCCAUGUGAUUCCUCCGGAAAACAUUCUUCCUCUUGUCUUAAGUGCCGGUCCAUCUGGUCAGGAGCUGGAUUUUACCUUUCAAAACAGAGACUCUCCUCAAAUGAUGGACGAAAUGGGACGCAUUCUCUCCAACAUCUGCAACGUUGUUCCGGGUGGGGUCGUGUGUUUCUUCCCCUCCUACGAAUACUCCAGGAGAAUCAUUUCUCACUGGGAGGCCAGCGGUGCGCUUACCCGGUUGGGGAGUAAGAAAAAGAUCUUCCAGGAGCCCAAGAAGGCCAACCAGGUAGAGCAGGUGCUAAACGAGUUUUCCCGCUGUAUCCAGAGGAGUGCCGUGGACAGAAGCGGAGGAGUCACAGGUGCAAUAUUGUUCUCUGUGGUCGGUGGAAAGAUGAGCGAGGGCAUUAAUUUCUCUGAUGACCUGGGCAGGUGUGUGGUGAUGGUUGGCAUGCCGUAUCCCAACAUCAAAUCUCCAGAGCUGCAGGAAAAGAUGUCGUAUCUUGACAAACACCUGCCUCACAGCCAUGGAAAAAACCCUGGACAAGCAUUGGUAGAAAACCUCUGCAUGAAGGCUGUUAACCAGUCUAUAGGCAGAGCCAUCCGACACAGAGGCGACUAUUCCUCCAUUGUCCUUUGCGACAGGCGCUAUGCUCGGCCCGCUACGCUCGCUAAACUCCCCGCGUGGAUCAAGAAUCGCACCAGCACACACUCCAGCUUUGGCCCUGCUUUUGCUGCGUUGCGGAAGUUCUUCCUGGAGAAAAGGCAGAAACAGGAGUAGUUUAUUUCCCACAGAGCUUCUUUACAACUUCAGUAAGAAUGAAGCUGCACCAAAUGUAAUGACUGAGAAAUGUUUAUAAUUAAAGGUCUUGUCUUUAAGGAGUUACACC